AAUCAUGAAGAUCCCUACCAGAAUUGCUUUUCCAUUCUUGUUCUUCAUUAUUCUUUCUAAAAGUAAUUUCUUAGCCAAGGCACAAAACACGACAAUCUCAGUUAACGUCGGUGUGAUUCUUGACUUCGAUACAUGGACUGGGAAGAUGGGUCUGAGUUGCAUCAACAUGGCCCUUGCAGACUUCUAUGCCUCCAAUAGUUACUACAAAACUAGGCUACUUCUUAGCUCCAGAGACUCCAAAAGUGAUGUUGUUGAAGCAGCUGCUGCAGCCGUAGACCUGAUAAAAAAUGUAGAAGUGCAAGCCAUCAUAGGGCCAGAAAGUUCCAUGCAAGCCAAGUUUAUCAUCAAUCUUGGGGAGAAAGCCCAAGUGCCCAUUGUAGCAUUCUCAGCAACAAGCCCUUCUCUUACUUCACUUCAACGUCCAUAUUUUUUUCAAGCCGCUCAAAAUAGCUCAUCUCAAGUGAAAGCUAUAAGUGCGAUUGUUCAAGCCUAUGGAUGGAGAGAAGUCGUGCCAAUCUACACUGAUAAUGAGUAUGGACAAGGUAUGAUACCCUUCUUGAUUGAUGCCUUGCAAGAAGUUGAUGCCCGUGUCCCUUAUCGAAGUGUCAUUCCUCCAUUAGCCUCAAAGGACCAAAUUGGUGAAGAACUUUAUAAGUUGAUGACAAUGCAAACUAGAGUCUUCAUUAUGCACAUGCCAAUUGAUCUUGGUUCUCGGCUUUUCACCAAGGCAAAAGAGAUUGGAAUGAUGAGUGAAGGUUAUGUUUGGAUCAUGACUAGUGGGAUGACCAAUUCCAUUCGCUCGAUAGAAUCUUCAGUACGUGAUUCAAUGCAAGGGGUAUUGGGUUUAAAAACUUAUGUUCCAAAAACAAUUGAGCUUGAAAAUUUUACACUUCGAUGGAAAACAAAAUUCCAUCAAGACAAUCCAAACAUUUUGGAUGUUGAAUUGAAUGUUAAGGGACUAUGGGCAUAUGAUGCCGCUUCAGCGCUAGCCAGGGCAGUUGAGAAGGUUAGGACUACAAAUUUUGGCUUUGAAUAUACAGCUGGUUCAAGCAAUUUAACUGAUCUUGCAACUAUGGGGGUCUCUUUAAAUGGUCCAAAACUUCUCGAAGCAUUAUUGGACACUAGAUUUACUGGCCUUGCUGGAGAGUUUAGUCUCCAAAAUGGGCAACUACAAUCAUCAACUUUUCAGAUAAUUAAUGUGAAUGGUAAUGGAGAAAGAGGGGUUGCAUUUUGGACUCCAAAAAAUGGACUCAUAAGGGAAUUGAAUUCUACAAACACAAGCGCAUAUUCCACUUCAAGAAGAAACCUAGGACCAAUUAUAUGGCCGGGUGAUUCAAGCUCUAUCCCCAAAGGUUGGGAGAUUCCAACAAAUGGGAAGAAGUUGAGAGUAGGAGUUCCAGUGAAGGAUGGCUUUUUUGAAUUUGUUAAGGUGGAACAUGAUGCUAGCACUAACACAACGAAGGUCACAGGAUACAUCAUAGAUAUCUUUAAGGCUGUUAUGGAAGCUUUACCAUAUAAUGUUGACUAUGAGUUGAUUCCUUUUGCAAAGCCUAAUGAUGAAAGCGCUGGUACAUAUAAUGAUAUGGUUUAUCAAGUAUAUCUUGGGAACUUCGAUGCUCUGGCUGCAGAUACAGUUAUCCUUGCAAAUAGGAGUAAGUAUAUAGACUUCACAUUGCCAUACACAGAAUCUGGAGUAACAAUGGUAGUACCAAUCAAAGACAAUGAUAGGAGAAAUGCAUGGGUGUUCUUGAAACCAUUAACUUGGGACCUUUGGAUAACAAGUGGGGUAUUCUUUGUCUUCAUUGGCUUUGUGGUAUGGGUUCUUGAACAUCGAAUAAAUGAAGAAUUCCGCGGGCCUCCAUCCCAUGAGAUUGGAACAAGCUUGUGGUACUCCUUCUCAAUCAUGGUUUUUGCACAAAAGGAGGCCUUGGUCAGCAAUUUAGCAAGGUUUGUGGUCAUCAUAUGGGUUUUUGUAGUGCUCAUUCUCACUCAAAGUUACACUGCGAGUUUGACAUCACUCUUAACUGUUCAACAAUUGCAACCAACUGUUACUGAUGUUAACCAGCUUAUUAAGAAUGGGGAGUAUGUGGGCUACCAAGAAGGCACUUAUGUUUUGGAAAUUCUGGAAGAAAUGAAUUUUGACCUAGCUAAGCUUAGGACAUAUAAAUCUACAGAAGAAUGUGAUGAACUUUUAUCAAAAGGAAGUGCAAAUGGAGGUAUAGCUGCUGCUUUUGAUGACAUCCAUUUUAUGAAGGUUUUACUAUUACAAUAUUGCUCGAAGUAUACCAUGAUUCGAUCCAUAUAUAAGAAUGAUGGGUUGGGUUUUGUCUUUCCAAAAGGUUCCCCUUUCUUAUCUGAUGUUUCAUGGGCAAUAUUAAAUGUGACCGAAGGAGAGAAAAUGAAAGAAAUUGAAAAGGCAUGGUUUGGGGACCAAAGUAAUUGUUCAAGCUCCAACACCCAAGUUUCUUCUAGCAGUCUUAGCUUAGAAAGCUUUUGGGGCCUAUUCCUCAUCGCUGGCAUUGCUUCCUUAUCAGCUCUCAUCAUCUCCUUCUCCAUGUUCCUUUACAAGGAGAGGCGGAAAAUCUGGAUCAACUUUGAUUCAAAAAACUCAAUAUGGAGAAGAAUAUGUCAUGCCUUAAGAAUCUUUGACAUCAAAGACCUUAGCUCGCAUACUUUUAGGAAUAAAUCAUUGAAGGAUAGUGGUGACAUUGACAAUGUUCAAGGUAUAGGCACACGUGAUGCCUCAACAAACACUUGUUGCUCGACAAGUCCAAUAAGUUGUUUAGUCCACACAGAACCCAAAUUUACUUUCUCAGAAGAUUCAGGAACACCAUCUAGAGAAUAUUUCAUUCCUAAUCCACAUGAUCAGACAUCUCUAUCUGUAGAAGAUAAUGAGCAAAUUGGUCACCCAAAUCCAUUUCAAGGGGUCCAAGAACCCAAGAAAUAG